AUGUCUGGACGCGGCAAGCAGGGCGGCAAGGCGCGCGCCAAGGCCAAGACCCGCUCAUCCCGAGCCGGCCUGCAGUUCCCCGUGGGCCGCGUGCACCGGCUGCUGCGCAAAGGCAACUACUCGGAGCGGGUGGGCGCCGGCGCCCCGGUCUACCUGGCGGCCGUGCUGGAGUACCUGACGGCCGAGAUCCUGGAGCUGGCUGGCAACGCGGCCCGCGACAACAAGAAGACGCGCAUCAUCCCGCGUCACCUGCAGCUGGCCAUCCGCAACGACGAGGAACUCAACAAGCUGCUGGGCCGCGUCACCAUCGCGCAGGGCGGCGUCCUGCCCAACAUCCAGGCCGUGUUGCUGCCCAAGAAGACCGAGAGCCACCACAAGGCCAAGGGCAAAUAAGCCGCCUCAAAAACCUUCCAGUUAAGCCAAAGGCUCUUUUCAGAGCCACCCACGUUUUCAUGGGAAAGAGCUUUGCGUCUGUUUCAUGUCAACCAGGUGGCAAACAUGGAGAACAAAUGCUCCCCUAGCGCCCAAUAGCAGAUUUAGGUUCGCAAAGGGGCAAGUCAGAGUCACUGACCCCAACUGACCUGGAGCUCGCCGUGUAGACCUGGAUCUCCGGAGCCCGCUGCCAUGAUUCCCUGAAAUCAUUUCUUAAUCCCAGAGUUGAGGUCACUUCGAAACUCAAAAGGUUUGUGGCCGCCACUAAGUCAUAACUUAUGGGCACAUAUCUCUGACACAGAUCAUCUGGUGCACCGGUCCGGGCCUGCCUGCUUCUGGUCUCCAGCGAAAUUCGGUGCCCUCGGAUCAGGAAGCUAGCCGCGUGAGGUGCUGACCCCGAACUGUGCCGCCUCCCCAAGGAUGCCCGUUCCCGUGAAUGCUCCUGUCUUGUGGAUACCCGGUCCCUGUGGAUCUGGAAUGUCUUUGACAUUUGUAAUUAAUGACAUCGCAAAUAUAUAUGUUUUUGUUUCUUUUCCUGUACUUAAAAGUGCUUCAAAACACAUGACCCAAAAAGUGCAGAGCCUGGCGUGGUGGUGCACGCCCUUAAUCUCGAUAUAGGGCUGAGAUCCGUGUUCCAGGACAGCCAGCUCUACAUAGGGAGUUCUAGGCCCGAUCCGACUGCAUAGUGAGAGUCCCAUCUCAAAUAAGUGCUCAAAAUAUCUAGUCGUGAUAGCCAUUCAAGAUGCGCCCCAAACCAGUGAACUGUUGGUUUUAAUAGGAUUUUUAGAAGCUUUGUAGCACAAUUAUUGGGUGGUUUUCUCGUUCCAUUGUUCAAUCCUUAAAAGUACAUUCCAAGUUAAGUAGUACCGUCCUUUAGAAGCAGGGCUUUAUGGCACAUAUGAACAUAAAGUUAAAAAUA